CGGUCAACUAUAAAGGCGUGACGUAGGUUGACACGUGACCCCACGAGAGAGAGAGAGAGAGAGAGAGAGAGAGAGAGAGAGAGAGAGAGAAAACAACAAGCUUCCUCGUGACUCGUGAGCUACAAGCAACACCGGGUCUGACGUGAUUCUGAUCCUCACUCCUUACCGGUUGGUGGCGGUAAUGCGCAAUUUCGUUUUUGCCAACCGCCAUAAAGCAAUAAAAAAAGAAGAAGAAGAAGAAGAAGAAGAAGAAGAAGAAGAAGACUCGUUAGCUUCCGAAUGUGACUUUGAGAGACCUACUAAACCCCCCUGAGCAUCAAAUGGAGAUAGUGGAAGCGGUCAGGGGUUUUAUCUCUGCCACAGGAUUACCCCUCUGAAAAUGACGAUACCUGGAAAUAGUACCUAAACUGACCUAUGAGAGGCAGCAAUGUGCCACAGGCCUCUAGUCUGCCGGAAAGCCAGAAGAAGAAGAAGAAGAAGAAGAAGAAGAAGAAGAAGAAGAAGACGAACACUCGUGAGCUCAUGAGCGGCGCCUUUACCACGUGACCGUGUGGGCGUAUUUAAGCUGCUGGCGCGAGAUUCCCAGAGGCAGAGAAGAGAAUAGGCAGUUUCCGCGACGAGCCGGUCCUCGCCAACGGAGUCGUGCAAGAAAAUGAGUGUCAGUGCGAAGCUUCAACCCGGCCAGCAGAAGUCCAAUGAGAACAUAAAGAGUUUUUUCACACCAUCUCAAAAGGCAAUGGGAGCCCCCAGGCAAACCCUGCAGGUCCUCCAGGCCUCUGCAGUCAACAAAGAGUUUGGGAGGUCAGCUCAGGCAGUAAAGGUAAUUGCCAAACGGAAACAGUGGAGCACAGAACAAACCAGAGGUCCAAAGAGAGUGAAGGUUGAAGUAAAAUCCACACAAACAGAAGAAACUCAGUGUUUGACUGAUGGCAUGUCCAAUGAAGCCUAUGAACUUAUGGUCAAAGAAACUCCGCCUUCCACCUACUGGAAAGAGGUAGCCGAGGAGCGACGGAAGGCCUUGUACAAUGUUCUACAGGAGAAUGAGAAGUUGCACAAAGACAUCGAGACAAGAGAUGAACAGAUAACAAAACUCAAGAGUGAGAAUGAAGAACUUCAAGAGCUGGCGCAGCACGUCCAAUACAUGGCUGAUAUGAUUGAGAGACUGACUGGGAAGUGCCCAGACAAUCUGGAGGAACUGAAAGACAUCGCCCUGGAUGUGGAUGAUGAAGAUGAAAGUGAAGUUGCAGGCCAGAGUGAGGAUGAAUAUUCUGAUUACUGUCAGAGUGAUGAGGAUGAGGAAGAGGCCCCUGCAGAGCAGGAUUAAUUGACAGAGCUCUUUGCUGGUCGUUGGACUUUGGCAGAAGCGGGUGAUCAUCCCUUUGAAGACUUUGGCUUCUCAAAGUAAUUUUAUGUCCUGACGUCAUUGUAAAGCGUUACAUUUGAACACGUGAACAAACGGAUUUACUGUGGUUUUACUAAACUUGUCAACUCUUUGCCAAGAGAAGUGCUCAAAACUAGGCAAUUUUUUUAAUUUUUUAAGUGGCCAACUUUUUUGUAUGUCAGUAGUAAAGCAAUUGCAGAAGUAGCCUGGAAAAUUGAAUGCAUGCUCCACUGGACCCCUGUGAUUUAUUUAUAUUUUAAUUCGGCGUCUUUGUGCUUUCCCCAACGUCUGCAACGUCUUGAUGGUCAGCAACCUAAAAUCAAUGACAGUAAUGUGUUUUUCGUACUGAUGGUCAAAUGUCUGCAGGCAAGUGUUAUUGAGGCAGUUGUGCUACACUCUGGUAGAUGUGGCCUACUUGAAGUGGCCUUUAAGCGUUUUUGGUGUACAUUGUAAAAAUUGUUCAAUGUUAUGGCACAGCCAUGUACAUAAAGCUUGUGUAAAAUAAACACUUCUGACUUAUUUUAAA